AUGGGGGACUCAAAAUCAACAGCCUCGGAGGUGUCCUGCACCAAAUGCGAUUCCUUCAAGAUUCGAAUCCAUGAAUUGGAGACGACUGAAGUGCAUAUUUCUGCGGAGAAGGCCCGCUUGGAGUCGCAGUACAAGGCCUAUGUGGCUGAUAUAGAAAUGCAAGUUGCCAAUCUCCGUUCUCAACUGGAGAAAUCAACUACCAAGUCAGAGGGCAUACAACGAACUCUGGAGGACUUUCAGCGAAAACUCACUGUCAAAGAAAGCGAGCUCACCGAAGCUGUGAGUGAAAUCGAGCAUCUACGAAACAAGAUUAAAAUGCAAGAGGCCGCCUCAAAGAAUAACGAUGAAAGUACACUUCAGAAAUUGAGGCCGAAAAAGGUGGAUUUGCUCCCACUUACUGAAACGGAUGUCAAGGAAUCAGUUUACUACAAGGAUCUUGAGCUGACGAAUAGCGCUUUGAAGAAUAAGGCAAGAUAUCCGUAA